AAGAGCAAAAUUUCAGUAAAAAGCAAUUGUGUUUGUUAGUUUGGAAUAUUAUUCAGUAUUGAGUAACAUUAAUUGUCUGUGUAGGCCUCUUGACCUAUCAUUUAAGAAAAUGUUUGAGGGAACAAAUUACUUCAACACAAGUGGCACAGAUUUCUUCAAUCAGCAGGGAGAUUGGGGUCUGCCCGGUGUGAUCGAGGCCCCUGACUUCAGCCGCCUCUCGUAUGGAAAUUUUUCACCAUAUCAGGGUGCCAUGGAGAUGAAGUCUAACAUGAACUCGUAUUUAGGUCAGACAUCAACGCAGGCGUUAAGCCCGUCAAGCAUGUCAGCAAGUUGCUCAGGAACCGGCACAGUCCGCAAGAGGAAAUGCCCUUCCCUAGACUUGUCGACAGAAGGUAAUGAGGACGAAGAUGAUGGAAAUGAGGCAGACGACGUCAAAAAGUUUGCCAGACAGAAUCACAGUGAGAUAGAGAAGAGGAGACGAGACAAGAUGAACACGUACAUCAUGCAGCUGUCGACCAUGUUACCCAUGUGUAACGCCAUGAAUCGCAAGUGUGACAAGCUCACUGUUCUAAGAAUGGCUGUACAACACAUGAAGUCAUUGAGAGGAUCAUCAACUUCAUAUACAGAGGCACUUCAUAAACCAUCAUUUCUCUCCGAAGAUGAACUUAAACAUAUCAUUCUAGAGGCAGCAGAUGGGUUUUUGUUUGUUGUUGGCUGUGAUAGGGCUAGAAUAUUGUUUGUGUCAGAAUCUGUCAGCAAUAUACUGCAAUAUACCAGGAAUGAGUUGAUAGGACAGAGUUUGUUUGAUUAUAUUCAUCCGCGAGACAUUAGUAAAGUAAAAGAACAGUUCUCGUCGUCCGAUCUAGCACCCAGGGAAAGACUCAUCGAUGCUAAAACAUUAAUGCCAGUAAAAACCGAGUUGCCACAGCGACCUACACAUCUGUGUUCCGGUGCACGGCGAUCGUUUUACUGUCGGAUGAAGUAUCGAAGUGAGAACUGUGAUAGCACGAAGGGCAUCAAGUUUGAGAAGGAGGAAAUGGAGUUUGUACAUCGAAAACGAAAAUCAGGUAUAAAAGACCAAAAAUCCUAUACUGUGAUACAUUUUACUGGAUAUUUAAAGUCCUGGCCAACUUCCAAAAUAAACAUUAGUAGUGAGGACGAUAUUGAGGACAAUUGUAACUUCUUAAGUUGUUUAGUGGCCAUUGGGCAAACAAGAACUACUGUAAAUCAAAAUAAUCAGACCUUGUGUUCAGGGGCCACAACUCCUGUGUCAAAUAUAUCAUGUGGAUUAGAUCUUAGACCAAUGGAGUAUAUGUUCAGGAUAUCAUUAGAUGGGAAAUUAACAUUCAUUGAUCAAGCGACCACUGUAGUAUUGGGUUAUUUGCCUCAGGAAUUACUCGGCACUUCCGUGUACGAAUAUUACCAUCAAGAUGAUCUGACACGUAUGGCCGAAAUCCAUAGAAAAGUGCUUGAAUCAAAAGAGAAGGUUCAGACCGGGGUGUACAGAUUUAAAUCAAAGAAAGGUUCCUUUCUGCCAAUUCGCUCAACAUGUUUUACAUUUAGAAAUCCAUGGACUAAAGAAGUGGAAUAUAUUGUCUCAACAAACUCUGUCGUUCCAACGGAGGAAGUGACAAGUUCCGGUCAAGGUUACGAAAGUGCUGGCGUUCUUUCACUUGAUACUGAUUGCUCCACUGCCGAUUGCUCAACUACCGAAGAAUUAAGUGGAAGUGCCCGUCAUGAAAAGCUGAUGAUUCCAGGCUUGCCAGGUGGUACGAAGCCUGGCGCUGGACGCAUUGGCCGACAAAUAGCAGACGAGAUGUUAGAAAGCUCAAGAUGUUCAAGAUCCCCUCAGGUAGUAGAUAGUACAAAUACAGACGUGUAUGAAUCCCAGAUUGCAUCGAAGCGUUUAGACUGUCUACCUGGGGGCGCUCCACAAACAAGCAGUGGUCAUAACUCUGGUUUAAAUGUGUCUCUGCCAUCGACGAGUCUAUUGACAACCAAAGGUCCUAAUGGAAUAUCAGUGCCUUCAUCAGGAUUAGAUGGUCAUGGGCGUGAAUCAACAACAUCAUUGUUAGAUACUGUGAUAGAAGAGCAAGCGAUGGAGUCCAUGACAAACACGUCCGGUACAGACGAGGGAGACGAGGCGGCAAUGUCAAUCAUAAUGAGUCUUCUAGAGGCGGAUGCUGGACUUGGCGGUCCAAUUGACUUUAAUGACCUACCGUGGCCUUUAUGAUGUUGGUUUAUAUAUAGUAUUAAUGCGUUAUCAUUUUGAGCGUCGUCAUCAUCGGAAAAUUGUCAAGUUGAAUGUGUUCAUACGUAAUUGCUAGUCUACAUGGAGAAAAUGGCAUGUGUGCACUGAUUUGUACAUUAGAAGAAAGACUUAUCUAGAAUAUUUCUGUCGAGGGUCAAUUACACCUCUGUCACAACUAGUUGGCUUAUCUGUUUCAUAAAAAUGUCAAGCUAUUUUGAUCGUUGUUGUC